UAUAAAAGGAGAUACGUAUAUGUUCGUGUUCCAUUAAAAAGAAAAAAGCAAAAAGAAAAAAAUACCAAGCUAAGUACCACUCUUUAAUGAAUAUCUCUCACCAUAUGGAGUUCCCAAUGUUGGCAGUCUGUCUAUUCUCCGUAUUCUAUACCAUCUCCAUCCUCUGGAAGAUUGUUCUUCAAUGGAGAUCAUCAGACAGAACCUGCUACAUGCUAGCCUAUGAAUGCUUCAAACCGGCCGACUUCCAGAAGGUCGAUGUCCAUUCCAGCGCCGAAAUCAUCUUGAGAAACAAGAAUCUGGGACUCGAAGACUACAGAUUCAUGUUGAAAACCAUGGCCAGUUCAGGCCUUGGCGAAGAAACCUAUGGUCCGAAAACUGUCAUGGCCGGUCGAGAACAAUGUCCAACUCUCUCCGAUGCCUUUUCGGAGAUGGAUGAAAUCAUCUUCGGAACCCUCGACAAGCUCUUUGCCAGAACGCAAAUUCCUCCGUCGGAAAUUUCCAUACUCAUCGUCAACGUCGCUUUAUUUGCUCCUUCACCUUCUCUUACAUCUCGGAUCGUCAACAGGUAUAAAAUGAGGGAGGACAUCAAGUCCUUCAACCUGUCAGGAAUGGGCUGCAGUGCUAGUAUCAUCGCUGUCGAGGUCGUCCAGAACUUGUUCGUCACGAAAAAGAACUCGUAUGCCAUUGUUGUGAGCACCGAAUGCAUGGGAACCAACUGGUACUGCGGGAAAGAAAGAUCCAUGAUGAUCUCCAACAUUCUCUUCCGAAGCGGAGGCUGUUCGAUGCUCUUCACGAACAAAAAGGCUUUAAAGCACCGUUCCAUUUUGAAAUUGAACUGCCUGGUUCGAACCCAUACAGGUUCGGAUGAUGAAGCGUAUAAUUGUUGCAUAGAAGUAGAAGAUGAAGAAGGAUAUAAAGGUUUUCAUCUCUCCAAGAAUCUCACAAAAGUAGCAGCUAAGGCGUUGACAUCGAACCUUAAAGUUCUUUUACCUAAAAUUCUUCCACUAAGCGAACAACUUCGCUACAUGAUUUUACUUGCACGGAACAAAAUUAGAAUUAUUAGUUCUUCCAAGACUGAAAAUGCCAGGAUUGAUUUGAACAUCAAGUCUGGCAUCGAUCACUUCUGCGUCCACCCAGGUAGUCGUGGUGUUAUCGAUGGUAUUGGCAAGAGCUUGAAGCUAAGUGAAUAUGAUCUUGAACCAUCUAGAAUGGCACUUCACAGGUUUGGCAAUACAUCAUCUGGUGGAUUUUGGUAUGCUUUAGGUUAUAUGGAGGCCAAAAAGAGGCUAAAGAAAGGUGACAAGAUUUUGAUGAUAGGGUUAGGAGCAGGAUUCAAAUGCAACAACUGUGUUUGGGAGGUAACUAGGGAUUUGGAUGAUGUUAAUGUGUGGAGAGAUUGCAUAGAUAGUUACCCUCGUAGUUCAGGUGUGAAUCCCUUCAAGGAGACCUAUGGUUGGAUCAACGAAGAAUAUCUAAACUUCGUUCGGUUCGAUCCUACGUCAUUUUGAUAUACAUAGUUGAAUCCCGCUUAUCCGUUAGCGGUUGAUGGCGUGGUAUAAAACUCAAUAUGGUACUAGCUAAAGCUCUAUGUGCUACAUGUUUUGUCUUAUAUUUUAAUCAUGUUGUACGUAAGCCCGAUUAAUAAUCGUGGAUAUAAAGUGAUCAUUAAGUUGCAAUGCCUUAAUUUUCUUUUCA